AUGUUUAAUAAAAAUUUUUGUAAAAUAAUUUGUAUUAUAUUUAAUUUAAUAAUUUAUAUAAAAUGUGACAAAAUUAAUGAGUGCAGUAGAAAUUGUAAAGAUUUUUCGAAUCCAAAAAAGUGUGUUUAUGAGUUUAAUGUUAGCCGAUUGAAUUCUUUGAAUAUUGAUUGUAAAAACAAUGGAAUUGAAAAUUGCAGUGACAAAUGGUUUGGAAUAAAUGGUCAAAGUCCAGGUCCAAGUAUUGAGAUAUGUUUUGGUGAUAGUCUAGAAAUAAUAGUUAAUAAUAAAUUAAAAUCUGAGGAAAUAUCUUUUCAUUGGCAUGGAAUUAAUCAAAAUGGAUUUGCUCAUAUGGAUGGUGUUUCGAUGAUAACACAAUGUCCAAUAUUACCAUUCAGUAGUUAUCGUUAUAAAAUUUAUCCACAAAAUGCUGGUACAUUUUAUUACCACACACAUUCAGUUUUACAAGAAGGUGAUGGUUUGUAUGGAGCAUUGAUUGUACGAGGUCAUGAAGAGACAUUGUCUUUAGAAAAAACAAUAAUUAUUUCUUCAAGGUCAUCAAGUCCAUUGUCAUUGAUAGCACAAGCUGUACCACCUACACCAAUUGCUCUUACUAUCAAUGGAGAGAUUAAAAAUUUCGAAAUUGAAGUUAAAAAAGAUGAAAAAUAUUUACUGAGACUAAUUAAUGCUAAUGUUUUUAAUUGUCCAAUUGUUUUUUCAAUUGUUAAACAUAAUUUUGAAAUUAUUGGAGCUGAUGGUCAUUCAAUUGAUCCAAUCAAAUCAGCAAAUAAAGUCAUCAUAUUUCCAGGUGAAAGAAUUGAUUUAAAUAUUAACACAAAUAUGUCAUCUGGAAAAUAUAAAAUUUAUCUUGAAGGAAUAAAUGAGUGUAAAAAUUUAAUUAACGAAGCAUUAUUAAUUUACGAUGACAUUAAAAACGAGGCAAUAAUUCAUGAUGAUGAUAAUUAUCAUAUAAAAAUACCAGAAGUAUUUCUGGGUCAUAAUUGUAAUGAACUUGGUGAUGAUGUUGUAUGUUCACUGGAUUUAAAAAAUAUAAAUAAUAAUAUUGCUGAUGAAAAUGAUGAUGUUGAUGAUGAUGUUUAUGGUACUUAUUACGUACCAUUUGAUGUUAAUUCCUAUGAUCAUAUUGAUGACAAAAUGACUGAUUAUUCAUUCAACAUUUAUGAGUUUUCUUAUUACCCAUCAUACCUGACGACAUUUUAUGAAACAGCUAAAAUACCACAAGUAAAUCACGUUACAUUCAAGUAUCCACCAUCACCAGUAUUGUCUCAAAAUCAGGCAAUAUCAAAUGAUAUAUUUUGUUCAUUUGAUACAAAAGCUAGAUCAUGCGAAUUUAAUGAUGAUUUUUGUGAAUGUUUACAAAUUCUUGAAGUACCAGAAAAUAAAAUUAUUGAUGUUGUUUUAAUAAAUGAAGGUUUUGGAAGUAAUACGAGUUUUGUAUUUCAUCUACAUGGUUAUUCAGCUAAUGUAUUAGCUGUUGGAAGCUUUGAUAAACCAAUUAAAAAAAAUGAAAUAAUUGAACUUGAUCGUAUGGGAAAAUUGAAAAAAAAUAAUGUUGAUAGAUUGAUGAAAGAUACAUUUGUUGUACCUAAUAAAGGCUAUUUAAUAUUGAGAUUAUCGACAAAUAAUAUUGGCUAUUGGCUGUGGGAGUCAAGAACAACUGGAACAACACCAGAUAAAAGUGGACCAGUUAUGGAAUUUUUAAUGAGAGUUGGAAGUCUUGAAAAGUUACCGAUUGUACCAAAUGAUUUUCCAACUUGUGGUAAUCACAAAGGUAUUGACUUAAUUUUCGAAGAAGAUUAAAUUAUUAUUUUUUUUUUAUAUUUAUUUAAUUUUAAUUUAUUUAUUAUAUUUAAAACGAUGUAGUUUUAUUUUUAAAUCAAAGUUUUAAACAAUUAAAAAUUGAGUAAAUUAUUUUUAUUUAUACCUCAUGAAUCAUGAUGUAAAUGUCAUAACUUAUUUCACUCAUAAGUAAUUUUAUUAUUUAUUUAUUAUUAUUUAAGAUAACUAUAAAUUAAAUGAUUUUUUGAAAAUAUAUUAUUCUGUAUUCCAUAUAAUACCAUUAUUAUUUUUUACGGAGGUGGGAUAGACGCGAAGCGUCCCACCAUAGUUUUGUUUUUCACUAUAUGUUUUAUGAAUACCGCUCAUAGCUUCCAUAAUAAUUAAGCUAGAUUAUUCGUAUUAGGCUUA